UCACCUGCCAAACCCUAACCCUAACUCCACUUUCCGCCCCAAAACCCUAGCUUUGCACAAUUGGAAGCAUCUCCAAUGGCGGAAGAGAAGGUCUCCAGCACUGGAGAGGAGGAUUCUCAGGUGGUGAACCCGUGGGAGGUGACGGCCAAGGAUGGCGAUAAGAUUGACUACGACAAGCUCAUCGAGCAAUUCGGCUGCCAGCGACUCGGCGCUGACCUCGUCCAACGCGUCGAGCGCCUCACCGGCCGCCCAGCCCACGUAUUCCUCCGCCGCGGCGUCUUCUUCGCCCACAGGGAUUUUGAUGAGAUUCUUGAUUUGUACGAGAGAGGAGAGAAGUUUUAUCUCUAUACGGGGAGAGGCCCGUCGUCGGAGGCUCUGCAUUUUGGCCAUUUGAUCCCUUUCAUGUUCACCAAGUAUUUGCAGGAUGCAUUCAAAGUUCCUCUUGUGAUACAACUCACUGAUGAUGAGAAGUGCAUGUGGAAGAACAUCUCUAUUGAAGAAAGCAAAAGACUUGCUCGAGAAAAUGCGAGGGAUAUCAUUGCUUGUGGUUUUGAUGUCACAAGAACUUUCAUUUUCUCUGAUUUUAAUUACCUUGGCGGCAAAUUUUAUGAGAACAUGGUCAAAGUUGCAAACUGUGUCACCUUCAAUAAAGUUGUUGGAAUAUUUGGCUUCACACGUGAAGAUCACAUUGGAAAAAUCAGCUUUCCGCCUGUGCAGGCAGUCCCCUCAUUUCCAAGUUCAUUUCCUCAUCUCUUCGCUGACAAAAAUAAUAAAGUUAAUGACAACCUCCGCUGCUUGAUACCCUGUGCAAUAGAUCAGGAUCCAUACUUCCGAAUGACUCGCGAUGUUGCUCCAAGGAUAGGCUACCAGAAACCUUCAUUAAUUGAAUCAACUUUUUUCCCAGCCCUUCAGGGAGAGAAUGGAAAAAUGUCGGCUAGUGAUCCAAAUUCUGCCAUUUAUGUAACAGAUUCUCCAAAGGACAUAAAGAACAAGGUGAAUAGGUAUGCUUUCUCUGGUGGACAGGACAGCAUUGAGAAGCAUAGGAAAUUGGGAGCAAAUUUGGAGGUUGAUAUUCCGGUCAAGUACCUCAGUUUUUUUCUUGAUGAUGAUGCAGAGCUUGAACAUAUAAAGGAGGAAUAUGGUUCUGGUCGGAUGUUGACAGGCCAAGUUAAGGCACGCCUUAUUGAAGUUCUUUCAGAAUUGGUGGAAAGACAUCGCAGAGGCCGGGCGCUGGUGACUGACGAAAUGGUUGAUGCAUUCAUGGCUGUGAGACCACUCCCCUUCAUGUUCAGCUAAAAUAGAGCAUCAAAUAGAACCAGGUUCUCUCCCUUUCUUUGUUCAUAGACUUUGGAUCAAAGAAACUUAAUUUAUUGUGAAUGUGAUUCAUUUUUUUCUUAAUUUUAUGGGAAGUCAUUUUGUAGGUGAAUAAUUUUGUAUAACAUAAAACUUUAAAAUGGAUGAAGUAAUGGUCAUAGAAAUUAAGUAACACUUAUUUAUUUCACCAGCAAUGCUUCUCAUUUGGUUAAAUGAGACCAUUAACCAACCGAGAAACUGACAGUUGAGUAUGUAUUUUGUUGAAAUUAUUGCUUUUGUUCAUGGAAUUUGAA